AGUCAUGGCGGCGCUGUGACCAAAACAAAACCACGCGCCUCGUUUACGCACAAAAGCGCGUCUCUGCGCUCUCCCCUGCACAGAUCUGACCCGGACUGACCCGGACUGAGCCGACUCUGAAACGAGUCUGAACCGAGUCUGAACCGACUCUGAACCGACUCUGAAACGAGUCUGAACCGACUCUGAAACGAGUCUGAACCGAGUCUGAAACGAGUCCCGCGGAGUUUAGCGGAGACACAGGAUCAAAGCAAAGAGAGGAGCCUCCCUGAUGAUGGCGGGGCGGGGCCGUGGGCGGGGCUUUAGGACCAACUUCAGUUUGGACUCAGAGCAGCCGACGCCCCUGUACCCGGUGCUGGAGCAGAAGCCCCUCCCCCUGGCAGGUGGGGAGCAGGUGGAGUACCUGUUGGCGCUGAAGCAGGAGUUCAGAGGAGCCUCCAGGAACCUCCCCAGUUUCCUCCAAAACAAAAUCCACAAACCCGACGUGGAACGAUACUCGGACAAGUACCACAGUCCAGACCAGGACCAAGACCAGGACCAGGACCAGACCACAGAUUGGUCGAGGUUUCCCAGGGAGCUCAGAGUGCGUUCACAGAAGCUCCGCCCCACAGGUCCCAAAGUCAAACCUCGAAGUGAAGCUCCAAAAAAACUGAAAACCCAAGAAAAAGACGUCCUGAAGAAACUAGAGAGUCUGGAGCAGAAAGAGACUCACAGCGACGAAGAGGAGGAGGAGGAGGAGGAGAAGAAGGGAGAAGAGGAGGAGGGAGAGGAGGAGCAGAUCGAAGAGGAUGAGUUUGAGGAGGAGACGGAUUACAUCAUGUCGUACUUCGAUAACGGCGAGGAGUUUGGUGCUGACAGCGACGACAACAUGGACGAAGCCAUUUACUGAUUUGACUGAUUUUAGUGAUUUUAAAGUGAUUUUUAGUGAUUUUAAAGUGAUUUUACUGAUUUUUAAUGUAAUUUGAUUUCAUUUUUACUCUGCGUCUGUUCGGUGUUUGAGACUUCAGCUGUUUAAAAAAAUGAGGAAAAAAAUGUAUGAUUUUAUUGUAAUUUUUUAAUAAACGACUCAAAGUCAAA